AUCCUCCACGCUAGGUCAGAUCGAUCGUCGUGGAGCCGCGCCUAGCACUUUGCUCGAGCAUUCCAGUCGGUCAAACCAGAAUCCGAUCGAGCCAUCCAGCUGCUCGAACCAGCUAGUGCCACCUUGUGCGCCGGGCAGAUACGAGGACCAUCUGUAGCCGCCGGCGACAUCUUUCCAGCCGUUGGUGGUUGCUCCUUUUCCAGUCACUUAUGGCUCGACCCAGUGCCCAGAUGAUGUUAGACAACAGUUGACUUAUCUCCAACAACAGAUUUUAGACUUGGAUACGAUGUUCGGCGCAAAUUCCCAACCGGUUCAACCAGUCUAUUUAGAGAAUCCGGUAAAUUCGUUCUCUAUUUUGCCAAAUGCUUCUUAUUUAUCUGGUUCGAUGGGCAACUCUACAGGAUUUUUUGUAGAAGAAAAAUUAAAUAGCCAAAAUUAUUUCUUCUGGUCCCAAUCGAUCAUAAUGGCCUUGGAAGGGCGUCACAAAUUUGGGUACUUGACGGGGGAGAUUUUGGAGCCGAUACCCGGCGAUCCUCAAGAACGGAUCUGGAAAGGGGAAGAUUCGCUGUUACGCUCUGUCCUCGUGAAUAGUAUGGAACCUCAAAUAGGCAAACCACUAUUGUAUGCUGCAACCGCCAAGGAUAUUUGGGAGGUUGCACGAGAUUUGUAUUUAAAGAGAUAGAAUGCCUCUCGACUAUAUACGCUUCAUAAGCAGGUCCAUGAAUGUAAACAAGGGUCCAUGGAUGUCACAUCAUAUUUUAACAAAUUAUCAAUGCUUUGGCAAGAGAUGGACCUAUGUCGAGAGAUUGUCUGGAACUACGCGCAAGAGGGGCUCAAUACUUGAAAAUUGAAGAAGCAGACCGUGUGUAUGUUUUCUUGGCUGGAUUAAAUCCUAAAUUCGAUGGUGUCCGUAGUCGAAUAUUGGGCCAACGUCUUACACCUUCUCUCAGAGAAGUUUGCUCUGAAAUAUGGCUGAAAGAGGAUCGAUCAUGCGCCAUGAAUAAUCCUAUUACUACAACUGAUGCAGCUGCCUUCAUUGCAAAGUCGCCUAGUGCUGAUAGCGAUAAAAACCCCCCACUUGUGUGUGAGCACUGUAAGAAGCCCUGGCACACAAAGGACCAGUGUUGGAAAUUGCACGGAAGACCUCCAAACAGCAGGCGACUACAGUCUCAUGACAAAUCUAAUAUUGGUCGUGCCCUAGUGAGUGACUCAGCAGAUGAACAUACUCAGAAGCAGUCUUUUGUUGACAGCAAGAACAGUUUGAGUAUGGUUGGGGUGAGUGCUAUUGCACAAUCAGGAUCUGAAAUCGGGGAUGACGAUUGGCACUGCUCGGCACGAUAGGGGACUCUAUUUCCUUUCUGAAGAUGCUUCCUCUAGAGAUGAUCAUUGAAUUGGGUUUAUGUCAUUAAAUUUUUCUGUUUCUGAAAACGACUUUAUGUUGUGGCAUUUCCAUUUAGGACAUCCAAAUUUUCAAUAUAUGAAGUAUUUGUUUCCGCAUUUAUUUUGCAAUGUUAAUACUUCCUCUUUAAAUUGUGAUGUGUG